CUUUCUGACCAAUUUAGUUACAGGGCCUACGUUGUUGAGGCAGUUUCUCGUCAGAUGUGUUAAGGUUUCCUUGUAGACAAAUACAGGCAAUUCGGGGUGGUACGCAAUGGGAUCUGCAAAUGGUCUUGUGUGUUCAGAGGAGAAGCAGCCACUUCUCUCAUUUGGGGUCAUAUCAGAUGUCCAGUAUGCUGAUAUACCUGAUGGCCGUUCAUUCCUUGGCGUCCCUAGAUAUUAUCGGCACAGUGUUUGCGUAUUACAGAAGGCAGUUCAGGAAUGGAAUCAAGAAAAGCCUAAAUUUGUGAUUAAUUGUGGAGACAUAGUCGAUGGUUUUUGUCCCAAGGACAAGUCAAUGAUCACUGUAAAGAAGAUCGUUACCGAAUUUGAUAAGUUCAAUGGCCCUGUUUAUCACUUGAUUGGAAAUCACUGCCUUUACAAUCUCCCUCGGGAGAAGUUGCUUCCUUUACUGAGAAUUCCUGGCCCUGAUUAUCAUGCCUAUUUUGAAUUUUCUCCAAUUCCAGAAUACAGAUUUGUUAUCCUUGAUGGUUACGAUAUCAGUGCCAUUGGCUGGGCAAAGGAUCAUCCAAAUACGUUGGAGGCCCUUAAAAUUCUUGAGGAGAAAAACCCGAAUUCAGACAAAAACAAUCCGGAUGGACUUGUUGGAUGUGAGAGGAGGUUUCUCAUGUUCAACGGAGGUGUUGGGAAAGAACAGUUGAAAUGGCUGGAUAAUGUCCUUGAGGAAGCAACAAAGUUGAAUCAAAAUGUAGUAGUGUGUUGCCAUCUGCCUUUAGAUCCUGCAGCAUCAUCUUUUGCAGCAUUAUUGUGGAAUUACGAUGAAGUGAUGGCUGUGAUACAUCGCUACAAUUGUGUGAAGGUCUGUCUUGCUGGACAUGACCAUAAAGGUGGACAUUCGGUUGACUCCCAUGGCGUACAUCAUCGGAUCCUUGAAGCAGCUCUCGAGUGCCCUCCCAGAACUUAUGCUUUUGGACGCAUUAAUGUGUUCGACGAUAGAUUAUCACUUUUAGGCACUGAUAGAAUGAGGAGCACUGAAAUGGUUUUUGGUCACUAAACUAUUCUUUUGUCUACCAAAAAAGUACUAACAUGAUAUAAAGUUUAUCUACUGAUAAGUAUACUUGUUCUUCACAAAAUGCAGAAGGGACCGGGUUUUUGGUGUAAAUUCCUUUGCAUAUUGCAGCCAUUUUCUUGUUGAGGUACAUAAUAGACAAUGAAAAACAAGCAUUUCUAGUUA